AAGAAAAGACGGCACCUAAAUUGCAGGCUAGUGGCUGACUGCUGACCAUAUUCGGCCAUGGAUACCUCUGGCUCUCCUUCAUCGGUGCCCAUGACCUCAGAACCUGAGAAUGACUCCUUGGCUUGGCCCCUGAAUGCCACCCUGGGAAACGUGUCGGCAGGCCUGAGCCCAGCAGGGCUGGCCGUCAGUGGCAUUUUGAUCCCACUGGUCUACCUGGUGGUGUGUGUAGUGGGCCUGCUGGGCAACUCACUGGUCAUCUACGUGGUCCUGCGGCACACGGCCAGCCCGUCGGUCACCAAUGUCUACAUCCUCAACCUGGCGCUGGCUGAUGAGCUCUUCAUGCUGGGACUGCCCUUCCUGGCUGCCCAGAAUGCUCUGUCCUACUGGCCCUUUGGCUCCCUCAUGUGCCGCCUGGUUAUGGCUGUGGAUGGUAUCAACCAGUUCACAAGCAUCUUCUGUCUCACCGUCAUGAGCGUGGACCGCUACCUGGCCGUGGUGCACCCCACCCGCUCAGCUCGUUGGCGCACAGCGCCUGUGGCCCGCACAGUCAGUGCGGCCGUCUGGGUGGCCUCAGCUGUGGUGGUGCUGCCCGUGGUGGUCUUCUCGGGUGUACCCCGUGGCAUGAGCACCUGUCACAUGCAGUGGCCUGAGCCAGCAGCAGCCUGGAGAACUGGCUUCAUCAUCUACACAGCCGCACUGGGCUUCUUUGGGCCGCUGCUGGUCAUCUGCCUCUGCUACCUGCUCAUUGUGGUGAAGGUGCGCUCUGCGGGGCGGCGGGUGUGGGCACCCUCAUGCCAGCGGCGACGGCACUCUGAGCGCAGGGUCACACGCAUGGUGGUGGCCGUGGUGGCACUCUUCGUCCUCUGCUGGAUGCCCUUCUAUGUGCUCAACAUUGUCAACGUGGUGUGCCCGCUGCCCGAGGAGCCCGCCUUCUUCGGCCUCUACUUCCUCGUGGUGGCACUGCCUUAUGCCAAUAGCUGUGCCAACCCCAUCCUUUACGGCUUCCUCUCCUACCGCUUCAAGCAGGGCUUCCGCAGGAUCUUGCUACGGCCUUCCCGCCGCGUACGCAGCCAGGAGCCCACUGCGGGGCCUCCAGAGAAGACGGAGGAGGAGGAGGAGGAUGAGGAUGGGGAGGAGAGUGGGAUGCAAGGGAAGGGGAAGGAGAGGAAUAGCCGGGUCAGCCAGAUCACACAGCCUGGCACCAGUGGGCAGGAGCGGCCGCCCAGCAGAGCUACUGGCAAGGAGCGGCAGUUCCUGCCCCAGGAGCCCUCAGCUGGGGAGAAGCCCAGCAAGCUGCACAUUAGCUACCUGUAGGGGCAGGGGAGGGCCAGUGUGGCCCAAGGAAGAAGCAGAGGCCGUGGGUGUGGCUGGGGC